AGCGCCCGAGCAGUUGGGGAAGCCACCAGUAGUGGAGCUGGCAAAGACGGGAAGGAGGGAAAGAUAGACAGAGCAGAUAGACAGGAGGCAGAUACAAGACGGGGAGGCAGCCUCCGAAAGAGAGCGUUUCACCUCGGCUGACCGUCUGCCACGCCACGAAACCCCGCGCUGAGGUCUGACAGCAGCGGGGUAUUGGGAAGAGCAUAUGUGACCGGCCUCUUAUUGAGCUUAUUUCACGAGCGAGGGCAGCAACGUAAACACAGCCGCAGUUAUCCCAUCAUCGCUGGCCUUGUGGAUUAACUGGCUGCCUUUGUCUAAAGGGAACCCCUGUUUGAUUACCGCUUUCUCACAAAGCUCAUUGAUUACAUUGAGCAUGUUGGAAAGGCCCUGAUCACAGUUAUGUCGACACCGUGUCAGGGACUCACACAGGACUACUGUAGAAGAGUGACAGGAAUUUAAGUUUUCAGCUGUUGCACUUAGCGUUUCAGAUUUUUUUUGUUUCAGCUUACAUUAUUUGAUUUUACUGAUCUGAGUUUUUGUGCAAUUUUGAGCAUGUAUUUUUGAUUCACUUGAUUUAUUCAUUUGAACUAGACAAUCAUUCGUCACUGCAGCGUACACACCAUAUUCUCUUACCAUGUACGGUAGCUCCCGUUCCAUCUCAAAGCUGGAUGUUGUUGGAUCCAAUGGUAAUGGGUCGGUGUCUGGGAGCCCUGGCCGCUCUCCACGCCUCCCUCGCUCCCCACGCCUUGCCCACAGGCGAAACAGCAGCAGCAGUUCCGCUGGUGGACUCACUGGCUCUGGUAAAACCCUGUCCAUGGAGAACAUUCAGUCUCUAAAUGCUGCCUAUGCUACUGGCGGUCCCAUGUACUUCAGUGACACAGUUGAAGACCCUGUCGGCAUCGGUAGCCUGGGGAGUGGGUUGAACCCCUCACUGCCCAAGAGCACCAUGACCCUGGGCAGGGCUGGGGCCAGGGUCCCCUAUGGUGUCCGGGCGGCCAUCAUUGGGAGCAGUCCUAAUAUAAACACUGGAGGAGGCGGUGGAACGGCUGUGCCCAGUGAUGCAAUCGCAUUUGGAGGAGAGAUGCAAAACCAGCCUUCACAGGCGGCCACUGUGCCCCACUCCAUGAGACAGGUGAGAGACGGUGCAAUGUCAGACCUACAGACACAGCUAAGAGAAGUGCUGAGAGAGAACGAACUACUGCGAAGAGAACUGGAGGCAAAAGAGUCCAAACUGAGCUCCUCCAUGAAUUCGAUUAAGACGUUUUGGAGUCCAGAGCUGAAGAAAGAGAGAGCGCUGAGGAAGGAUGAAGCCACAAAGCUGGCCGUGUGGAAGGAACAGUACCGAGUUGUACAGGAGGAAGCACAGCAUUUUCAGUGCACCAUCCAGGCUUUACAAGAUGAGGUCAGAAUCCAGCGAGAUCUCAACCAGCUCUUUCAGUCCGACUACUCAGAGACCGGUCUCUUCGGAAACCAGCCCAUCACUCCGCAGGAAAUGACGGAGGAGAACUUCCUGCGUCUCCAUGGCGAGUACGAGCGACAAGUCAAAGAGCUCUUCCUCCUGAGGAAGACUGUGGAAGAAAUGGAGCUGAGGAUAGACACACAGAAGCACACGCUAACUGCCAGGGAUGAAUCCAUAAAGAAGUUACUGGAAAUGUUGCAGAGUAAAGGUCUGUCAUCUCGGGCAAACGAGGAAGACCAUGAACGAACGAGGCGACUGGCCGAUGCUGAAAUGACCAUCCACCAACUGGAGGGCCUACUGGAACAAAAAGACAAAGAGAUGCUCCAGCUCAGAGAGGAGCUGCACAGGAGAUACGAAGCAGCUCCAGAAUCAACAAAGACCAAGGCCUUGCAGACAGUCAUUGAAAUGAAGGAUGCAAAGAUCAGCUCGCUGGAGCGCGGCAUGAGAGAGCUGGAGGAGGAGGUCAACAUGCUCAAGUCCAAUGGGGCUUUGAGCAGCGAGGAGAGAGAGGAGGAGAUCAAGCAGAUGGAGGUCUACAGAUCCCACUCCAAGUUCAUGAAGAACAAGGUUGAGCAGCUGAAGGAAGAGCUAACGCACACCCAAUCAGAGAAGGAGGAGCUAAGGCAACGAGCCAAUGAGCUUCAGCGGGAGGUGUCUGCAAUGGAACAGGCAAAGCAGGACCUGAGUCGUAAAGACAGUGAGCUGUUGGCUUUCAGGACCAAACUGGAAACUCUGACCAAUCAGUUUUCAGAUAGUAAACAACAUGUGGACGUGCUCAAGGAGUCACUCACUGCCAAGGAACAGAGAGCUGCCAUACUACAGACCGAGGUGGAUGCUCUUCGUCUGCGUCUGGAGGAAAAGGAAUCUCUCCUCUCUAAAAAGAGUCAACAGAUAUCAGAGCUGACAGAGGAGAAAAGUACUCAACACGGAGAGAUCACCGACCUCAAAGACAUGCUGGACGUCAAGGAGCGCAAAGUUAAUGUGCUGCAGAAGAAGAUUGAGAACCUGCAGGAUCAGCUGAGGGACAAAGAGAAACAGCUGAGUGGUCUGAAAGACAGAGUCAAGUCUUUACAGACAGACACAUCCAACACUGACACAGCACUGGGAACACUGGAGGAGGCUCUGGCUGAAAAGGAGCGAAUCAUCGAUCGGCUGAAGGAGCAGCGGGAGAGAGAGGAGAGAGAAAAGGGGGAGGAGAUGGAGUCCAGCAAGAAGGAGCUGAAGGAGUUGAGGGAGAAAGUCUCCCAGCUGCAGGCUGACCUGGCUGACCGUGAGACCUCAGUGUUGGAUCUGAAGGAGAAGGCUUCCUCUCUGGCCUCCUCCACUCUGAAGAAGGACAACAGGCUGAAGAGUCUGGAGAUCAGCCUGGAGCAGAAGAGAGAGGAAUGUGUCAAACUAGAGAACCAGCUCAAGAAGGCUCAGAGCGCGGCGGCAGAUUCCCAGGCCAGCGCUGAACUCUCUGAGCGCAUCUCCUGCCUGGAGCAGGAAGUGGCCGAGCACAAAGAGGAAGCUCGGAAGGCCCAAACCGAAGUGGAACGACUUCUGGAGAUCCUGAGAGAGACGGAGAACGAAAAGAACGACAAGGAGAAGAAGAUCAUUGAGCUGGAGAGUCUUGCCUCAAGACAGAUGAAGGACCAGUCAAAGAAGGUGGCCAACCUGAAACACAAAGAGCAGCUGGAGAAGAGCAGGAACGCCCAGCUGAUGGAGGAUGCCAAGAAGAGAGAGGACAAUCUGAACGAAAGCUCCCAGCAGAUAAAGGACACCCUGCGUCAGAAGGAGGAGCGCAUCGAGGAGCUGGAGGAGGCGCUGCGGGAGAGUGUUCAGAUCACGGCGGAGAGGGAGGUGGUACUCGCACAGGAGGAGCAGGCACGCGCACGGUCUGAGAAACAGGUGGAAGACCUGCUUGUCGCCAUGGAGAAGGUGAAACAGGAACUGGAGGUGAUGAAAGCCAAGCUGUCAUCAACUCAACUCUCACUGGCCGAGAAGGAAGGUCACCUGACCGCCCUGCGGGCCGAGAGGCGGAAGCACCUGGAGGAGGUCCUGGAGAUGAAACAAGAGGCGCUGCUGGCAGCCAUAAGUGAGAAAGAUGCCAACAUCGCCCUGCUGGAGCUCUCCUCCUCCAAGAAGAAGAAAACACAGGAAGAGGUGGCAGCUCUGAAACGGGAGAAGGAUAGUCUGGUUCAUCAGCUCAAGCAGCAGACUCAAAACCGGAUGAAACUGAUGGCGGACAACUAUGAGGACGACCACCCGAAGGUCUCCUCUCCAAACUCAGAGCAGCCUAACAAUCACAAGCCCUCCCCCGACCAGAUUCUCUCUCCUCUCCUGGACCUCAAUCAGAAUCGCAGCAAACUGAAGCUGUACAUCAGUCACCUGACCUCACUGUGUCAGGAGCGAGACCCAAUCAUAUUGCAGGACUUUGCCCCGCCCCCCGCCUAUCACCGCUCCGACUCCGCCUCCUGGCAUACGCAGCUUCACAGCAUGACACAGGAACAGCUGGAGGCGGAGUUAGCGCUGUGUGAGAGGGAGGGGGCGGAGCUCCAGGAGUACGCCAAUCAGGUCCUGCAGCAGAUCGCCGACCGAUGCCCCGACAUUUUGGAACAAGUCGUCAACGCUCUGGAGGACAGCUGCUGACACACACCAAGGAGAACACACAGAAGCCGACAGUCAGAAAGCGAGCAAACAUUUCACACUCGGUCACGUACGCAGGAACAUCAGACGUGUCCAAAAAGCCCAAUGACACACAAACGCAACAGCACUGGACACGAGGACGGAGACGUUCUCUCCACUCGUCUCCUUUCCACAGACGGAAAGGGAGAUCUGCAAAAGACAAAAAAAAAUUAAAAAGACUGAAAAUUAUCCUUCCACAGUGUCUUUAGUCAUCGCUGAAGGAAAUAUUCUUCACUUUCAGUUGCUUUGUUGGCAUGCAAGUUAAUCGGAAAUAGUUGAUGUUUGUUGAGACGUUAAACACGUAUUUUCCUAAUGACUCUGAAGCAGAAGGCACCUUCGCUGCACUCGCCAUCCGUGUGACGCUUUGCUGCGGCCAUCUUGUGUCCUUCCAGGCAAUCAGCAGCUGGAUUUGCAAUCACGGGUUGAUGUAUUUUAUGGAGGGAGAAAAAGAUUUUCAAACUGUAUUAAAAAGGGUGAGAGCGAGUCGAGGUUGCCAGGUUGCUUCUGAUGCCAGACUUACACGCUGUUACCACAUUGUUAUUUGAUUGGUUCAGAUACAAAAGUGUGUUUAUUUCAGCUGCCUUUGAUUCUUUACAUCAUUUGCUGCUAACUUUUUAACUUUUAGGUUCUUUAGGUUUUUUUUUUUUGUCUGACAUCUGAUGAAACGUCCCAACUUACAGCCUCUUUCAGCAGUGAGCUCUACAUAGUUGUGCAAAUUGUAUAGAGAGAAUUUUAAUCAACAGACACAAAGCUUUUGUCAGGGGAACGCGACGCGCUCAUCGGUUUUUACUUUCCGUGACUGAUGAAAGGCACAAUAAAUAUCGCAAUACUCCCUUUAUUGAAACGCACCAAUGUAGAUGUUUUGUGUCUCUUUGUUCAGUUUAUGGUGUCCAUGCUAAAACUAGCUUGAGUUCCCUCACUUACUCCUUUGUGACAAUCCUUUUAGAGUGUGUCUCCCUUCUUGAAGCAAACUUUUGUUUCUGUUUGUUUUCUCCUGGGGAGGGUGGGCAGAAUAUAAGAAAUUGCUCUAUAUUUUGCCUUUGGUAAUAUAUAUAAAACAUGAAUCUUGUUUAAUUGAAAAUAUCGUCAAGUAUCCGUUGCUAUGUUGCAUAAUGUGUCAAAAUCUUUUUUCUUUUUCUUUUUCUUUUGUGAUUUGUAAGUAACCACAGAUUUGUUCCAUGAGCAGGAGACUGUUAUCGGGAACUGAUAAUGCACCUACGUGAGGUUCUGUGUCCACCGGGAACAUUUUGUCCGAGCCGGUUUCUUGUUCUUGUUGUUUACAGUGGAAAUGACACUGAUGCAUGUUUCCCACAGCGCAGGCAGCCUUAGCAUGAUUUAAACACUUACAGCACCGAGCGCCAGAGGUUCAAAUUGUUUCAACUUCAAUCAAAAGCUCCUCUAAUGGCUUUUCUUUUUUUGUUUCAGUCUUGUACUGUAGUGAGUGCUGAAGCCACGAGUGGCUUUUGCCCACAUGCAACUGUUUAGCGCUGCUCCCUGAAAAGAAAUACCUGGUGGACACAAAGCCUAAAGAUGAGGGGUGGAAACACUCACAUCUGAUUUUUACCCCAUCAUGAGGUUUUCUAAGAAGGCCAGAGAAAGCUUUCAUUUUGGGCCUAAGCUGCAUAUUAAGAAAGCUCCGAGCCACAUGGGUGUUAAUGAGGAGUUUCCUUCCAAAAUGCUUUUCACAGAUCGAAAAUGCUGAAAAGCUUUAAUGACCGAGAAGAGCUUGUGUAACAUUUGACAAACAGUUGUUAUUUUGGAGUGAGACUCCAUCAGAUAUGAGCUUGUGUUGAAAAUCCAGUAUUUUGUUGUCCGUUUUAUACUGGGUAAAUGGGAAAUGGUGACGACUGAGACUCACCGUGGCUUUGCUGUGGAUUGAAAAUCGGAAUUAGAGAAUAAAAUAUGGAUUUAUCAUUAUUUUACUGUGAAAGGAUUCUGUCUGUCAUUUCAUCUGCCUCAGCAACAUCAGAUAUUUGACUUUGGAAGUGGUUCAAAACCUUUUCGUGACGCCUUGUCACAGGCUGUACAGCUUCUGUGUGCACCAAAGGCUGAUUUUUCUUUCUUAAAAUGUUUCUUCUGAAGGAUUUUUAUGGGCCGGAGGUGGUGCAAGUAUUUAUCAUUUCCCAAGAUGAAAAUAAAGUUAA